GUCAGGAUUUUAACCAUGUGAUUGACAUAUAAAAGUUAGGUUAUCUUAGGUUAGGUUACAUGUUACAUUUGUGGUUACAUUUUUGAAACAUUGCCACAUAAGGCAGAUUUUUACAAUAGUUCUCCCCGUUUAAACAAUGUCUAACAAAACUCCUAAUCAGCAUAUCCCUAGAGUUGCAGAAACCAUAAACUUUCCAGAAGAAGAGGAGAAAAUCCUCGAUUAUUGGAAAAAAUAGAUGCCUUCCAGUCAUGCCUCAAACAGUCCAAAGGAAAACCUAGGUUUUCUUUCUACGAUGGUCCUCCUUUCGCUACAGGCCUACCGCACUAUGGCCACAUUCUGGCAGGAACGAUCAAAGACGUAGUGACCAGGUAUGCCCACCAACAAGGCUACCAUGUCGAAAGAAGGUUUGGCUGGGAUUGUCAUGGCCUUCCAGUAGAAUAUGAAAUAGAUAAGGCGCUGGGGAUUAAAGGGCCAGCUGAUGUAAUGAAAAUGGGUAUUGAGAAAUACAAUUCUGAGUGCCGAAAGAUUGUUACUAGGUACAGUAAAGAGUGGGAGAUCAUAAUUGGCAGAAUUGGAAGAUGGAUAGAUUUUAAAAAUGAUUACAAGACUCUUCACCCUUCGUUCAUGGAAUCAGUAUGGUGGGUGUUCAAACAGCUCUAUGUGAAAGGCUUGGUCUACCAAGGAAAUAAGGCAAGUUUUUAUUAACCUUACGUUUCAUGUACUCAUUCUUAUUUACAAUUUAAGGUAAUGCCUUACUCUACAGCCUGCAAUACCCCUCUUUCCAACUUUGAAGCAAAUCAAAACUACAAAGAUGUAGUUGAUCCCACUGUUGUUGUAAGCCUGCCUGUACUUAAUGACUCUGAUGGAGCAGCAUUGCUAAUAUGGACAACCACUCCUUGGACCCUGCCUAGCAAUCUUGCAGCUUGCGUUCAUCCAGACUUAGUAUAUGCAAAGCUGAAACAGCUCAGCACCAAUAAAGUGUACAUUAUGAUGGAAUCUAGAAUAGAAAGUGUUUUCCCAGCAGAUGAUUAUAAGGUAUUGAAAACCUUCCCAGGAAAAGAACUGAAAGGUUUGAAGUACCAACCAAUGUUUGAUUACUUCUCUCAUAUGAAAGAUAAGGCAUUUGUUGUUCUGGUUGAUGAAUAUGUUACAUCUGAAUCUGGUACAGGAAUUGUACAUCAAGCUCCUUACUUUGGAGAGGAUGAUUACAGAGUUACACUUGCUGCGGGAGUUAUAUCGAAGGAUCAAGAACCAAUUUGUCCAAUUGACAUGAGCGGUCGUUUUGCAGAGCCAGUCCAUGAUUUUAUUGGACAAUAUGUCAAAGAUGCUGAUAAAAAUAUAAUUGCUAAACUCAAGGAUAUGGGAAGACUUGUGCAGCAGUCGCAGGUAAAACACAGUUACCCUUUCUGCUGGCGCUCAGAUACUCCGCUGAUCUACCGAGCUGUGCCAUCAUGGUUUAUCAGAGUGGAGCAUAUGCAAGAGUCUUUAUUAAAGUCGGCAGCCGAAACCUACUGGGUUCCGGAUUCGUGAAAGAUAAACGGUUUGGGAACUGGCUGAGGGAUGCUAGAGAUUGGGCUGUCAGUAGAAAUCGGUACUGGGGUACUCCUAUUCCUAUCUGGAUGUCACCAAAUGGAGAUGAAAUUGUGUGUGUCGGCAGUAUUGAUGAAUUGGAAAGAUUAACCGGCGUUAAAGUUGAUGACCUACAUAGAGAAACAAUUGAUAAGUUGGAGAUCCCUAGUCAAAUUCCAGGAAAUCCUCCAUUAAAAAGGAUCUCAGAAGUGUUCGACUGUUGGUUUGAAUCUGGAUCGAUGCCUUAUGCUCAGCUCCACUAUCCCUUUGAAAGAACUAAGGACUUCGAGGAAUGUUUUCCUGCUGAUUUCAUAGCAGAAGGCAUUGAUCAAACUAGGGGCUGGUUUUACACGCUCAUAGUCAUAUCCACGGCGCUGUUCGGAAAGGCACCGUUCAAGAAUCUAAUAGCUAAUGGAUUGGUUUUGGCCAGUGAUGGACAGAAGAUGUCUAAAAGUAAGAAAAACUAUCCAGAUCCGCUGAAGAUUGUGAACAUGUAUGGAGCUGAUGCUCUCAGGUUGUAUUUGAUCAAUUCACCUGUUGUUAGGGCUGAAAAUCUGCGGUUUAAGGAGGAAGGUGUUCGUGAUAUCGUGAAAGACGUCUUCUUGCCCUGGUAUAAUGCGUAUCGCUUCCUGCUUCAAAACAUUGAGGUCUAUGUCCAAAACAAUGACAAUACUUUCACGUACGAUGAGAAGAGGGUCUGCAGCUCGAACAUUAUGGAUCGAUGGAUACUCUCGUUCACUCAGUCAUUGUUGAUGUACAUAAGGAAAGAGAUGGAGUUGUAUCAUCUGUAUAAUGUCAUUCCCAGACUGACACAGUUUUUUGAUUAUCUCACCAACUGGUACGUGAGGAUGAACAGGAAACGACUAAAAGGAGAAGGUGGGGAGGACGACUGUAGAACAGCCCUAACCACCCUCUUCGACAUCUUGCUGAACAUAAUCAAAAUGAUGGCACCUUUCUCUCCUUUCCUCUCCGAAAAUAUGUACCAAUGCCUCAAACAGCUGACAGAAUCAUCCAGCGAGAGCGUACAUUACCUAAUGUUGCCUCAACCGAAUAAGGACCUCAUAGAUGUCACUAUAGAGCGCGCGGUUUCUAGAAUGCAGAGUGUUAUAGAAUUGGGAAGAGUUGUGAGAGAUAGGAAGACUAUACCGGUGAAAUAUCCGUUGCCGGAGGUCAUCGUGGUGCAUAGGGACCAACAGUAUUUGGAUGAUAUCCUAUCGUUGCAGGAUUAUAUUCUGUCUGAACUGAACGUUAGGAGGAUCAGCACGACCACGGAUAAGGCCAAAUUUGGAAUUACAUUGAGAGCUGAGCCCGACCACAAAAUUUUAGGAGCGAGGUUAAAACAGGAGUUUAAGGCCGUUACCCAAGGGCUGAAAGCACUGACUGACACUGAAAUAAAUGAAAUGGUCGAAAAAGGUCAUAGAGAAAUUGCUGGACAGCGAGUAGAAAUCUCAGAGGUGAGGUUGAUUUUCAAGUCCGAAACAUUGAACACGGACCAAUAUGAGGUGAACAGUGACAAUGACGUGCUGAUUCUCUUGGACGUGACACCAGAUUCGUCAAUGCAAGAUGAAGGUACUGCAAGGGAGAUCAUAAAUAGGGUACAAAAAUUAAGAAAGAAGGCUCACCUAGUCCCGACCGAUGAAAUUAAAGUGUUCUAUAAAGCUGAAGGCGAUUUGGAAAGGGUAGCAAAGGAGCACAAACAGUUUAUAGAAGGCACUCUGAAGGCUAACUUUGAAGAGAUGAAUAAGCGAAAAUCGAGCGAUCAGUUGAUCAUAGAGGAAGAUCAGAAAUUGAAGGACUGUAACAUUAAAAUUGCAUUAACUAAGAGCAGUGACGUUCAACUGCCAGCUGUGAAAUGGGCCAACGUGCAACUAGUGGAAUUUAAAUCGAGAUAUUGCAAUGGUGCUAGCAAGGGGCUCAUCCUACUGGAGGUUCAGAAGAUGCCGGUACCAUUAGAUCAAAUAAAAGGAGAGAUAUUUAAUUUAUUCGGUAUAACCAAUUUCGACCUUUGGCUACAAACUGGAAAGGUGACAAACACCAAAGACUUGGAGAAAGCCGCUAGUGCCACUUUGUACGUUGUUCCGAUGGAUAAAAAAGUUGAACUGCCUCCUCAGAAUGGCACGCCUUUCUGCAAAUUAUUGAACGUUGUGGAGAACGGUAGUCCUAAGACUAUCAUUCUUGAAAAUCCAGUUGGGUGCCCCACUAACUACAAGGUGUGACAAGAUGGAAUGGGCUGAAUGUAUUUUUUGAAAGUAGUUUCAUUGUUUGAAUCGUUAUGUGCUCGAUUUUGUCAAAAAUGAACAUUCAUAUUUAUUUAUUAUCAUUUGGCACUAAGACUUUACACAAUUGUUUUGAUGUUUAUAUGAGGGCAUGUUCUCGUUUUCUAAUAAAGGCAAAAAACGAUA